AUGAGCUCGUGCUCGGAAUUCCUUGCCGGAACCGGCCUCUUCAUCUUCAACGGUGUGGACUUGCUCGCGGGUAUUGCGCUCUGCAUCUACAGCUGUUACAUUGGCUCGAGCCACUAUGCUCCAUUGUGGUUAUAUGUCCCCUUGUUGACAAUUGGCAGCGUUCUGAUAAUCGCGUCGCUUAUGAGCGGCUUCGGACUCGCGUUCCGAAGCUGUUCUGGAUGUAUGGCCCUAUCAUCCGACGUCUUGCUUUGGAUCUCACUGGCCGAACUUGGUUUGGCCGUCGUCAUCUUCACUCAAGGAGGGGCCAUAGACAACUUCUUACGUGAACACAGCAGCGAACUCAAGCUCAGUGGAGAGGAAUUGGCGCAGUACGAGCGCCACAAGUUCUAUCCGGCGUGCGCUCUGCUGGCCUUGUGCUUGAUGGAAGCUCUACGUCAACGCUACAGUACGACGCUGCACAACGCACGUCUUCGUCGUCAACACCAGUACGAAUUGCUGGCUUAA